GCAGGCGGGGCGCGGCGUGAGCGGGGAGGCCUUUCCGGGCCUGCGGCGGCCAGCGCAAAAUGCGGCGGCGGCCGCGCUGAGUCCCGACCUCCGGGAGCGCGCUGGGCCGAAGUGGCCCGCGCCGCGGCCGCCUAGGCGACAUGUCGGCGGCCAAGGAAAACCCGUGCAGGAAAUUUCAGGCCAACAUCUUCAACAAGAGCAAGUGUCAGAACUGCUUCAAGCCCCGCGAGUCGCAUCUGCUCAACGACGAGGACCUGACGCAGGCUAAACCCAUUUAUGGUGGCUGGCUGCUCCUGGCUCCAGAUGGCACUGACUUUGACAACCCAGUGCAUCGCUCUCGGAAAUGGCAGCGACGAUUCUUCAUCCUGUAUGAACAUGGCCUCUUGCGCUACGCCCUGGAUGAAAUGCCUACCACCCUCCCUCAGGGCACCAUCAACAUGAACCAGUGCACAGAUGUGGUGGAUGGGGAGGCCCGCACAGGGCAGAAGUUCUCUCUCUGCAUUCUGACGCCUGACAAGGAACAUUUUAUCAGGGCAGAGACCAAGGAGAUCAUCAGUGGGUGGCUAGAGAUGCUCAUGGUGUAUCCCAGAACCAACAAGCAGAACCAGAAGAAGAAACGGAAAGUAGAGCCACCCACUCCACAGGAGCCUGGCCCUGCUAAGAUGGCUGUCACGAGCAGCAGUGGCAGCGGUGGCAGUGGUAGCAGCAGUAGCAGUAUUCCCAGUGCUGAGAAAGUCCCUACCACCAAGUCCACACUCUGGCAGGAGGAAAUGAGAGCCAAAGACCAGCCUGAUGGGAACAGCCUGAGUCCAGUUCAGAGUCCCAGCCAAAGCCUGCCUCCUGCUGCUUGUACCCCACGGGAAGCAGGGCUAGAAAGCAAAGAAGAUGAAAGCACCAUGAGUGGGGACCGUGUGGAUGGUGGUCGGAAAGUACGGGUAGAGAGCGGCUACUUCUCCCUGGAGAAGGCCAAGCAGGACCUGAGGGCUGAGGAGCAGCUGCCCCCACCACUGUCCCCACCCAGCCCCAGCACCCCACACAGCAGGUAUGGUUGUCCUGGAUCGCCUUCACAGGAACUCGGCCACCCCCUUCAUUCCCCAGGUCUUCCAGCCCUAAGCCGCAUGGUCUACAGCAUCUGCCCUGACAGCCUCGGUGAGGCCAGCAGGCCACCCAACCACAUGGACUCCAGCAGUGCUGGGGGGUGGGGAUCAGAGAUACUGGGGAGCACCUUUGCCUUUAAAGCCAGCAGGCAGUAUGCCGCCCUGGCCGACGUCCCUAAGGCCAUCCGGAUCAGCCAUCGAGAAGCCUUUCAGGUGGAGAGAAGGCGGUUGGAGCGUAGGACUCGGGCCCGGAGCCCUGGCAGGGAAGAGGUGGCCCGUCUGUUUGGCAACGAGCGGAGGAGGUCCCAGGUAAUUGAGAAAUUUGAGGCCUUGGACAUUGAAAAGGCAGAGCACAUGGAAACCAACGUGCCGAUUAUGACCACUCCAUCAAGUGACACUCGUCAGGGCCGCAGUGAGAAACGGGCCAUCCCUAGAAAGCGGGACUUUGCCAGUGAAGCCCCCACAGCUCCUCUCUCAGAUGCUUGUCCCCUGUCUCCACACCGAAGAGCCAAGUCACUGGACAGGAGGUCCACAGAAUCCUCCAUGACGCCUGACCUACUGAAUUUCAAGAAAGGCUGGCUAACCAAGCAGUAUGAGGAUGGCCAGUGGAAGAAACACUGGUUUGUCCUGGCUGAUCAGAGCCUGAGAUACUACAGGGAUUCCGUGGCUGAGGAGGCAGCUGACCUAGAUGGAGAAAUUGACUUGUCCACCUGUUAUGAUGUCACCGAGUAUCCAGUCCAGAGAAACUAUGGCUUUCAGAUACAUACCAAGGAGGGUGAGUUCACCCUGUCGGCCAUGACAUCUGGCAUACGACGGAACUGGAUCCAGACCAUUAUGAAACAUGUGCUCCCAGCAUCUGCCCCAGAUGUGACCAGCUCAUUGCCUGAGGAAAAGAAUAAAAGCACAUCUUCUUUUGAGACCUGCCCAAGGCCAAAUGAAAAGCAAGAAACUGAGCCAGGAGAGCCAGAUCCUGAGCAGAAGAAGAGCCGUGCUCGAGAGCGGAGGCGGGAGGGCCGCUCCAAGACAUUUGACUGGGCUGAAUUCCGCCCCAUCCAACAGGCCCUGGCUCAAGAAAGGGCCAACACUGUGGGGUCCUCUGAUGCUGGUGAACCUGGGCGUCCUGAAGCUGAGCCAGGCGAGCUGGAGCGUGAACGAGCUCGGCGGCGAGAAGAGCGCCGUAAACGCUUUGGGAUGCUGGACACCGUUGAUGGGCCAGGUAUGGAGGAUACAGCCCUACGAAUGGACAUAGACCGGAGCCCAGGUCUGCUGGGACCCCCUGACCUCAAGACGCAGAAUGUCCAUGUGGAAAUCGAGCAGCGGUGGCACCAAGUGGAGACUACCCCUCUGAGGGAGGAGAAACAGGUGCCUAUUGCCCCUCUGCACCUGUCCUUGGAGGACAGAAGUGAGCGGCUCUCCACUCAUGAGCUCACGUCUCUGCUAGAGAAGGAGCUGGAGCAGAGCCAGAAAGAGGCCUCGGAUCUUCUAGAGCAGAACCGGCUUCUGCAGGACCAGUUAAGGGUGGCCCUGGGCCGAGAGCAGAGUGCCCGGGAGGGCUAUGUGCUGCAGACUGAAGUGGCCACCUCCCCAUCGGGUGCCUGGCAGAGGCUCCAUAGAGUCAACCAAGACCUACAAAGUGAGCUGGAAGCUCAGUGCCGGCGGCAAGAGCUCAUCACGCAGCAGAUUCAGACCCUGAAACUUAGCUAUGGGGAGGCCAAGGAUGCAAUCCGGCACCAUGAGGCUGAGAUUCAGACCCUGCAAGCAAGACUUGGUAACGCAGCUGCAGAGCUGGCUCUUAAAGAGCAGGCUUUAGCCAAGCUCAAGGGUGAGCUGAAGCUAGAGCAGGGCAAAGUUCGUGAGCAGCUGGAGGAUUGGCAGCACAGCAAGGCUGUGCUGAGUGGCCAGCUGAGGGCCAGUGAGCAGAAACUCAAAAGUACAGAAGCCUUGCUGCUGGAGAAGACCCAGGAACUGAGGGACCUAGAAACACAGCAUGCAUUGCAUCGGGACCGACAGAAGGAGGUGCAGAGGCUGCAGGAAUGCAUUGCUGAGCUCAGCCAGCAGCUAGGUACCAGUGAGCAGGCCCAGCAGCUGAUGGAGAAGAAGUUGAAGAGGAACUAUACAUUGUUGCUAGAAAGCUGUGAGCAGGAGAAGCAGGCACUGUUGCAGAACCUGAAGGAGGUAGAGGACAAGGCCAGUGCCUAUGAGGACCAGCUCCAAGGCCAUGUGCAGCAGGUGGAGGCCCUCCAGAAAGAGAAACUGAGUGAAUCAUGCAAAGGCAGUGAGCAGGUGCACCUGCUAGAGGAAGAACUGGAAGCCCGGGAAGCUAGCAUCCGCCAGUUAGCCCAGCAUGUACAGAGCCUCCACGAUGAACGGGAUCUCAUCAAGCAGCAGUUUCAAGAGCUCAUGGAGCGUGUGGCCACAUCUGAUGGGGACGUGGCUGAGCUCCAAGAGAAGCUGAGGGGAAGAGAAGCUGACUACCAGAACCUAGAGCACUCACACCACAGAGUCUCUGUCCAGCUGCAGAGUGUGCGCACUCUGCUCAGAGAAAAGGAAGAGGAGCUAAAGCACAUUAAGGAAGCACAUGAGAGAGUUCUAGAAAAGAAAGACCAAGACCUCAAUGAGGCUUUAGUUAAAAUGAUUGCCUUGGGCAGCAGCUUAGAGGAAACAGAAAUUAAGUUGCAGGAAAAGGAAGAGUGUCUAAGGAGAUUUGUAAGUGAUUCUCCAAAGGAUGCCAAAGAGCCUCAGAGUACAGCAGAGCAAACAGAGGAGGACAGUGGCAUUUUUCCCCUAGGUUCAGUUACCAGAGUAUUUCCAGGCUUUCCCCACUCACAGCCAGAGGAUGAAGACCCAGGUGCUGGCCUAGGGGAGGAGUAUAGUAGUGGUAGCCCCAGCAGAGAGGAGAACACGGUACCCCCAAAGUCUGUGGAUGUGCCUGACAGGGAGGGGCAUCUGCAAAGCACCUCUAAGUCUGACCAGGGAGCACCUGUAAAAAGGCCAAGAAUCCGGUUCUCCACGAUCCAGUGCCAAAGAUAUAUACACCCUGAGGGGUGUGCAAAGGCCUGGACUAGCAGCACGUCAUCAGACACCAGCCAGGACCAGUCACCCUCAGAAGACAGUGUGUCCUCAGAAGCUACCCCUAGCACACUCCCUGCAGCGGCAGAUGCUGAAACAUACAUCUCUAUAAUCCACUCCCUGGAGACAAAGCUCUUUGUCACAGAGGAGAAGCUCAAAGACGUGACCGUGAGGCUGGAGAGCCAGCAGGGCCAGAGUCAGGAAGCAUUACUUGCAUUGCACCAGCAGUGGGCUGGAACUGAGGCCCAGCUGCGGGAGCAACUCCGUGCCAGCCUGCUGCAGGCUAGUGCACUGGCCUCUCAGCUAGAGCAGGAGAGACAGGAGAAGGCCACAAACAUUGAACAUCACCCUGGGGAGCUGGAAGACUUCCAAGCCAAAAAUAGCCAAGCCCUAUCAUGCUUAGAAAACUGCUGGAAAAAGCUGAGGUCUCUGCCAUUUGCUGACCAGGAGGAGGGACAGGAUGCAUGUGCAGCCUCCCUGGCUAACAUAGAGAGUAUGCUUGUGAGUGCUAUAAAGGCCCUUCAGCCAUGGGCAUCCCCAGCAGACAGCAGGACACAGACUGAGCAAGAGAAGGGGCACUCCAUGGAAAGUAGCCUGGAAACCCCUGUGCAGCAGCCCUGCCAGCCCAUAUUGAAUGAGCAGGAACAUAGGAAGUUGCUUUCUGCUCAGAUAGUCCUGGAGGCCUCACUUAUCAACCAAAUAGCUGACUCUCUAAAGAAUACCACUUCAGAUGUGUAUGGUGUUCUCUGUGAGCUUACUCAGUCAGGGGAGUGGCCACUGAAGGAAGAAAGUGCUGCCCUCUCUGCUGGGGCUCCCAUGGAGAUCUGGGCCAAGAAGGUGCUGGUGAAUGGUGAGUUCUGGAGCCAGGUCGAAUCCCUAAGCAAGCACCUAGGAACCCUGGGAGAAGCAGCAGCCUGCACAUCCGGAGACAGGCAGCAGCAUAUUCCCCAGAGUUUGGCUGAUGCCACAUGGAUUCGUGCAGAGCUCAGCUAUGCCACACAGUCAUUAAGAGAAUUGUUCCACCACAGGCUACAGAGCAUACAGGAGACCCUACAGGGGACCCAAGCAGCCCUGCAGCAGCACAAGUGCAUGCUGGGAGAGAUCUUGAGAGCCUACCAAACCCCAGACUUUGAAAGAGUAAUACAGCAGAUCUUAGAAACUCUCAGGUACCCAACUGGCAGGGAGGACCAGGUACAGACAUCCUGGGACCAGAGCCCAUUAGGAGAGGUACUGAGGCCAGGCACAGAUGGCUCCCAAGAGCCUUUGCAGGCUUUCCAUCAGAGCCCUGAAGUCCUUGCUGCCAUUCAGGAUGAGCUGGCUCAGCAGCUAAGGGAAAAGGCUAGCAUCCUAGAGGAGAUUUCAGCUGCCUUACCAGGCCUGCCUCCCACAGAGCAACUUGGGGGUUGCCAGAGGCUUCUGCAGAUGUCCCAGCAUCUCUCAUAUGAUGCUUGUCUAGAGGGCCUUGGUCAGUAUUCUUCAUUACUGGUUCAAGAUGCAAUUAUUCAGGCUCAAGUGUGCUAUGCAGCAUGCAGAAUUCGGCUGGAGUAUGAAAAGGAGCUGCGAUUUUAUAAAAAGGCCUGUCAGGAGGCCACGGGGGGCUCUUGCCAGAAGCGUGCACAAGCGGUUGGGGCCCUGAAGGAGGAGUAUGAAGAACUUCUCCACAAGCAGAAGAGUGAGUACCAGAAAGUGAUCACCCUCAUUGAGAAGGAAAACACUGAGCUCAAGGCCAGGGUGAGCCAGAUGGACCAUCAGCAGAGAUGUCUACAAGAAGCAGAAAGUAAACAUAGUGAAAGCAUGUUUGCCCUGCAGGGCAGGUAUGAGGAAGAGAUCCGGUGCAUGGUGGAGCAGCUGAGCCACACCGAGAAUACACUACAGGCCGAGCGUAGCCGGGUUCUCAGCCAGCUAGACGCUUCAGUCAAAGACAGACAGGCCAUGGAACAGCAGCAUGUGCAGCAAAUGAAGAUGCUGGAGGACAGGUUCCAGCUGAAGGUCCGGGAGCUGCAGGCUGUCCAUCAGGAGGAGCUGAGGGCCUUGCAGGAACACUAUCUAUGGAGCCUGCGGGGAGCCCUCAGCCUCUGCCAACCCUCACACCCAGAUUCCCCACUGGCCUCGAGGCCAUCUGAGCCCAGAGCUGUGCCAACAGCCAACGAUGAGGCCGAAUCCAUGACAGGGCUGCGAGAACGUAUCCAGGAGCUGGAGGCCCAAAUGGACGUCAUGCGAGAGGAGCUGGGCCACAAAGAGCUGGAGGGUGAUGUGGCCACCCUGCGGGAGAAGUACCAGCGGGACUUUGAGAGCCUCAAGGCUACAUGUGAGCGAGGUUUUGCCGCCAUGGAAGAGACACACCAGAAGAAGAUUGAAGACCUACAGAGGCAACACCAGCGGGAGCUGGAGAAGCUGCGGGAGGAAAAGGACCGCCUCCUGGCUGAGGAGACAGCUGCCACCAUCUCAGCCAUUGAAGCCAUGAAGAACGCUCACCGGGAGGAGAUGGAGCGCGAGUUAGAGAAGAGCCAGCGGUCUCAGAUCAGCAGCAUCAAUUCGGACAUCGAAGCCCUGAGGCGGCAGUACCUGGAGGAGCUACAGUCAGUGCAGAGGGAGCUGGAAGUCCUUUCGGAGCAGUACUCCCAGAAGUGCCUGGAGAAUGCACAUCUGGCCCAGGCGCUGGAGGCCGAGCGGCAGGCCCUGCGGCAGUGCCAGCGUGAGAACCAGGAACUCAAUGCCCACAACCAGGAGCUGAAUAAUCGCCUGGCUGCGGAGAUCACACGGUUGAGGACACUACUGACUGGAGAUGGUGGUGGAGAGUCCACUGUGUUGCCACUCACGCAGGGCAAGGAUGCCUACGAAUUAGAGGUCUUGUUGCGGGUCAAAGAGUCAGAAAUACAGUACCUGAAGCAGGAGAUCAGCUCCCUCAAGGAUGAACUCCAGACAGCCUUGCGGGAUAAGAAGUAUGCUAGUGACAAGUACAAAGACAUCUACACAGAGCUCAGCAUUGCGAAGGCCAAAGCUGACUGUGAUAUCAGCAGGUUAAAAGAGCAGCUGAAAGCAGCCACAGAGGCCCUGGGCGAGAAAUCUCCUGAGGGCGCUACCGUGUCAGGAUAUGACAUAAUGAAAUCUAAAAGCAAUCCUGACUUCCUGAAAAAAGACAGAUCCUGUGUUACCCGGCAACUCAGAAACAUCAGAUCUAAGAGUCUGAAGGAGGGCCUGACGGUGCAAGAGCGCUUGAAGCUCUUUGAAUCCAGGGACUUGAAGAAAGACUAGCUGCGGCCUGUUCCACCUGACACAUCCUUCCCAGCUGGUGGCAGCACAAGCCGAGUGUGGCUUUCAUCUGCAUCUGUGCUUUUCCCUGUUGCCGGCAUUACUGUGGGUAUGGAUGCAUGAGAGACUGCUGUGUGGGCUGUUGGCUCCAUUCCCUUCCCUGUUGACUCCCACUUCCCAGUGUCCUUAUCACAGCUUUUCACCGUGGUAUUCUCAGAUUAGUCACGCUCAAGCAGUAGUGGGGAGGGCUUCCCCACCGACAUCUGAGCAGGACCCCGUUGUCCUCCCCACACUCACUGUCAGUAUUAAGGCACAGCAGCCUGUUAAUAAGCUAGCCCUGCCUCAGAGUAGACAUGUGGGGGCCUGUCAGUGGCUCCAUUCUACGGCACACAGCUGAGCACCACCCCUGCUGUUAGAGCAGAGCCACCGAAUGGUCUAGUCUGGCCUGGUUGUUGAGGGGCUUUGGAUGGUGUCCAGCCUGCCCCCGCUUCCUUUUGACCUGGAAGGACAGCAUUUUGUAUAUGGCCCACUGAUGCAGCUUAGAACCAUACCCCAGAUAAUCCUGGCAGAUCUUUCUCCACCUGGAAAAUGUUGAAAGCAACCAUUCCUAUUUUGGUUUUGUAUUAAAUCUUGCACAAAA